AUGUCUGUAGGCAGCGCCAUAGAGGAAUUGAUGGAAAAAGGUCUUUCAGGAGACGGACAAGAAAGUCGUCGGCUUGGCGAGCUCUAUAACGGGGAGGUUGCAAGCCCGACAACUAGUGCUACUUUGACAGCCGGUCAGGUAGAGAUACGAGACUCGAUGAAAGCGCCAUUUCGGAGUGUAUUUCGACUCAAGAGUUGGUGGAAGGAUAAGAAGAAAAGAAAGUUAGCAGAGAAAACAGAAGAGAGUCCUACCAUAAUACGUCCAUUCACAUCCUAUCCCAGUGGCUAUCCCCGCCUGGCAAGUAUCAUUGAUAGCGAUGAACGCUUUAUGCUUUAUCGCCGCUUCGGCAUACUUCAAACCCGCCUCUUGCUAUACAAACAAGAUGAGUUACGUCUCUUGGAAAGUAGGCUUGACGACCUUGACCAAAAUUGUUUGGCGAGCGAUCAUACUUUACUUGCAUCCAGAGCCAGAGAAGACAUGGUUUCUGACAAGCGAAAUAUUUUGAUGUCAGAGAUUGAAAGCAAAUAUCAAGCAUAUGGAGAGCUGCUUAUACUCUCACGCGAUAUAGCAAGUCUCGAAUCACCGACCCUACGAAAUUACCUUGAUAUCAAGAGAUACUUUGAUCUAUGCAAGCCUCUCUCCCUCGAGGAAACAUACAUUGGACAUCAAAGCGAUAUCAUUACCUUAAUGCCAAGUCGUGAUAUAACCUGGUUGGAUAAUCUCAUCCAGAAAAUGUUUGACAAAUUCGAAAGGAGUCAGAACAAGUUUAUGCGGGCAUGUCCUACAGCUACCCCGUAUAUGCGUGUUAAAGUGGCCCAGAAAGCCGACAUAGAACAUGGCAUCACACUCUAUAGCAGUCGAAGAUAUGACGCAUUUGUCACCCUCAUCGUUCUGGCUCUCAUAACAGCGUUGAUGAUUCUCCCUGUGUAUGUCAUUUGGCAACUUACUAGAGGAAGCGAUUCGAUCUCAAUCAUCAUCUGUGUUUUACUUGUCUUCACGCUGGUGUUCUGCCUUGUUCUGCUCAAGUUCACUCGCGCGAAGAGGCAUGAGAUCUUGGCAGCCGCGGCCGGAUACUGCGCAGUACUCGUCACCUUCAUGGGUAACGUGGGACAGUUGAAUACACUGGGAUCCGGAAAUGCUGUUCAGAAUGGGACAACCAAUUUCUUCUCAGGGUAA